AUGGAAUAUAUUUUGUGGAAUCGUUAUGAAUUUGACAUUAUUUAUAAUUGUACAGGAAUUAAUGUAGAUGAUGUUCCUAUUGAAAAAAGAAGAUAUCCAAUAGCUGCAAUUAUUUGUAUAAUACUUGGAUUUAUAUAUUAUCCUCUAUAUUUCCCUUGUCUCUACUCUUUUUGGAAAAAUAGAACCGACAAUCCUUGCUAUUUACUGCUAAUUUAUCUUUCAAUUUUGGACAUCAUAUAUCUUUGGGUACCAACCUUUGCAGUCGGAAUUCUUAGCUUAAACGGGGUUGUCUAUUGUUCUUCACCAAUAUCUACACAAUUUGUUGGCUAUGUCUGUCUAUGUAAGUGA